AUCCAACAUUACAAAGGGAAGUUCAGGAAGGGAUUUUGCAUCCUGCCCCAAACCAAGAUUCCACAAAAAGUCAAGAAAGCAUAUUAAGACCUAUUCAUCCACCACUGAUUAUUAUCAUCAAUCUUGAGGAUGAAGAAGAGGAAGAACAGGAAGAGAAAUAUGCAUCAUACUUAUUGUCUAAGACUCCAGAAGAUAUAGAAGAGGAAAAGGCAAUAAAGGAGAUGUGUUAUAAAUCUGGAGAAUACUACAGAAUUCAGACUUCUCAGGAAAACCGCUCAACAAAAAAUGUACAUUCAGUGCUGGAAAAUGAGCUCUUGAAACCCAUGGAAACUGGCAGAGGUUUACAAGAAGGUGAUGGUGUUGCAGUUCCAUCAAAGUUUAAUAUAGAAAGACAAACCGAGAUUAUGGCAUCACUAGACAGUAACUCUAGAUCCAAUCUUAGUGCCUUUGAAAAUGGAGGAGGUGAUUGUUAUUUGCCACAAAGAAGAAUAUUUGUUGGAGGAUUACAAAGUAAAGUGUUCAGUGGAGAAAAAGGACUUACCAUGCUGAAGUGUUCAAACAUUAAAGCUACAAGCCAUGCAGAAGGGAUAAAGAAGCAUCAUUUUAAAGGAGUAAGGAAAAAGAAAUGGAUGUCCGAGGAACCCAAAAGCCUGUCUGCCCCAUUAAUUGGAAAAGCAAUACAUACUUCAAACCCUAAAGGUAAAGGGAAUUGCCAUCAAAAUGAUCAAAGCAAGAAUGCUGAGAAUACUUCUUAUGUUCCUUCUCAGAGAGCCAGUGGGAGAAGCAUUUCCUUGAAUUCUGCAGUCGCUGGAAGGUCACCAAAUCUUACCUAUGAUAAAGUCGGUGCCACCAAGGAGUCCAAGAUCAAUCUACCUGCAGAGAGAUGCACAUCAGCAUAUAAUUCACUAGCUUGGAGAAAAAGAAGCCCGCACACUAAAGUAUACACAAAAGCUGAAAAAAUGCAUUCAGAGCCUAGAAGAAAUGGAAGCAGAUAA